GGCAGAUCCCUCCCUCCCAUCCAGGACAUAGCACAGAAGCGCUGCUUGAACAGGCCAUGGCGGGGUUUGCCCCCCAGGACUCCUCCUGCCGCCAGCGUGUCUGCUCUGCCCGGCGGGUGACCCUCGUCCUGAUGGGGCUGCUGGCCAUGGUGACCCUCUCCAUCACCAUCUUCGGCUUUGUGGGGCGCAAAUACUCCACCACCUUGUGGAAGAUGCAGGAAGAUCUGAAGGCCAUCAGCCGCACAAUCGCCAUCGAAUUAGUUGCUCUGCAACAAAAUGAGACCAACAACGUGAAAACUCGGCAAAAAGUCGAGCAGAUGGUGAAAAACCUCACCAGAGAAGGAAAGGAAGUGAAAUCCCAGUUCAAGAACCAGAUCAAGAAACUUCAAGCGACUCUGCAGCGGCUGAAGUGCGAUUUGGUGGACAGAAAACACAAGGGGACAGGGCUGGAGAGGGGCUGCUGCCCCCGGGGCUGGCAUCUCUUUCAGCAGAGCUGCUACUGGCUCUCCUCUGCCGAGAAGAGCUGGCCUGAAGCCAAGCAAGAUUGUGAAGAGAAGCUAGCCCACCUGGCGAUCAUCACCAGCUACCUAGAGAAGCAAUUUGUGUUCCGGCUCACCAAACCAAACAGCGUUUGGAUCGGGCUGGAGUUCACCGGCCACAUGUGGUCUUGGGUGGACUGGACACCCUACAUCAUGAGCAGGACAGACUGGUUGUCAUACGAAACGGAUUUUCACCGAUACUGCACCGUGACCUACCGCGGCAGGCUGUGGGACAAAACCGAUUGUCACUUCCGCUUUAGGUGGAUGUGUGAAAUGCAGGCGCUGCAGUGAGUCCCAGGGGAGACGCCGCCAGCCGGACCCCCGUGAAGCAGUUGUCCGACGCUUCUUGGAGCCAAUAAAACGAAUCUGAGACAAAAA